AUGGAGUCCUCACGCAUACUGCAGCAGCUUCUGCGCUCCCCAGUAGCCCCUCGAAACUCUAUUGCCAUACCGCACAGAACACCGCCCAUACCCAAGCCAUCCCAAUGCCUCCGACGUCCGUGCCUCACACCAAAAACCUUCGCCCACCACGCAUCAACCGAACACCUCCCCCGCAUCGCCCAGCCCUCGUUCUGGCAAUCCCUCAUCCCGCGCGCGCUCCGCAACCGUCGUCCUUCCACCACCUCGCCCACCACCACUCUAACCCGCAAACCCUGGAAUCCAGCCACAAUCUUCAUCAUCCUGCCCCUGCUCGUCGGCAGCGGCGCGAUCCAACUCCUAGUCCUACGCACCGAGAUGACGAAUUUCAGCCGCAAAGCCGACGCGCAUAUCGCGCUGCUGCGGGAAGUGGUUGAGCGGGUCAAGCGAGGGGAGGAGGUCGAUGUGGAGGGCGUGCUGGGGGCGGGGGUGCCCGAGAGGGAAGCGGAUUGGGAGGAGGUUAUGAGGGAGAUUGAGAGGGAGGAUACGCUGUGGAAGAAGAAGGGGAGGGGGAGAAGGAGGGCCAAAGAGGAGGAGGGGAUUACGGAGAAGGAGAUGGAGUCGGAGGUGGGGGCUGCGAAAGAGGUUGAGGCGAAGACGGCAAGAGAGGGGGCCGCAGAGGGGACGGGAGAGAAGAGGGGGCCGGUUGGCUUCUACUGA